AUCCGCCGCACACUCCUCCUUCUCCUCUCCCUCUCGACCCAACCCCCCCCGGCUUCCUCUUUCGCAACGAUGCUGCUCAAGACCGCUGCUCUCGCCCUCCUCGCCUCUGGCGCUGCCGCCCAGUCCUGCUCUGGCUCGGCCUACACCUGUGUCAACUCUGGUGUCUCGGCCUCCUACACCAUCUGCUUCAACGGCGGCCUCAUCACCAUGAGCUGCGGUGCCGGCACUGCCUGCUACCAGAGCGGCGCCAGUGUGUACUGUGACUUCCCCGGCAAGGGCGUUACCACCACCGCUGCUGCCUCCACCACUACCACCACUACCACCAAGAGCUCCACUACCAAGAGCUCCACUACCAAGCCCACUACUACCAAGCCCACCACUACCACCACCACUACUACUACCCCUUCCAAGACCACCACCACCACUGCCACUUCCACGUCUACCUCUACCUUCGUCCCCCGCCCCGCCCCCAACGCCAACGGUGGUAACGUCGGUGUUGUUGGUUACUGGCCCGACUGGGCUAUUUACACCCGCUCCCAGAACAACCCCAACACCAUCAACGUCUCCAAGGUCACUGUUCUCAACUACGCCUUCUUCGGUGUCAAGUCCGAUGGUACCCUCUACAGCUACGAUCCCUGGGCCGAUUUCGGUGGAAGCAGCGCCACUGCCCCUUGGGCCAUUGAUCCCUACAGUGGUCAGAACAAGGGUAUUGCCAACUUCAUGGCUGCCCGCGCUGCCAACCCCAACCUUCGCACCGUGCUCUCCAUCGGUGGCUGGUCGCUCUCUGGCACCUUCUCGGAUGUUGCUGCCAACCAGGCUGCUACUGACAAGUUCGUGUCCCAGGUCGUUGCCUUCCUUGACCAGUUCUGGUUUGACGGUCUCGAUCUCGACUGGGAGUACCCCGGAGGUGGCGGCCUUCCCUGCAACCAUGUUAGCCCCAACGACGCUGCCAACUUUGUCAACCUCCUGGCUGCCCUCCGCAAGGCUCUUGGCCCCAACCGCAUCCUCUCGAUUGCCGCUUCUGCUGAGCCCUCGCGUUACACUGCCAAUGGUGUCAACUACCUGACCCAGUACGCCAAGUACCUCAGCUACUUCCAGAUUAUGACCUACGAUUUCUACGGUUCCUGGGUUCCCUACACCGACUUCAACUCUCCUCUUCAGCUCCCUGGUGCCAGCGACCCCCAGCGCCCUGCCGGAAAUAUUCAGUUCGGCAACGUCCAGUUCUCGAUUGCCACUGCCAUGGCCAACUUUGCCGCUGCCGGUGUUCCCAAGAACCAGCUUGUUGGUGGUGUUGCCUUCUACGGUCGCUCGUGGGGAAUUACUCCCGCCGAUGCUGCUCUCAACAGCGGCCUGUUCCAGCCCUGCAACAAGGCUGGCCAGGACAAGACCAACCCCACUGCUUGCCCUCCCAUCCAGGGUGACCAGCUCGACACUCUGUGGUCUGACCCUUGCGGUGGGUCGUAUGUCUCUGGUGUCUGGAUGUACACCAACCUCCGCUCCCAGGGUGUCCUCUCCACUCCCACCACCGCUGGUUCCGGCUGGACCCGCACCUGGUGGAACUUUGCCCAGAGCCCCACCAUCACCGACGGCAGCCGUUUCAUUGCCUACGAUGAUACUACCUCGAUUGCUGCUAAGACUGCUUGGCUCAAGUCCAACGGCUACAGUGGCACCAUGUUCUGGGAGCUCUCUGAGGACUACAAGGGCGAGCUCCUCUCCAGCCUUACCUCUGCCUGGGGCAAGUAAACCGGAUGUAACCCGGCCCUUUCGCUGGGGAGUGGGCAAGUCCCUUAAUCGCCCUGGCACUCUUGCAGCUAUGGUGUCCAGUCCCAGUCCCAGCGCCUCUUUCCGUUUCUAGUCUAUAUGUGAACAGAUGAGUAUAAUAAAAUUAUGGAUUUAAUAUUA